GCAGUCAGGCAACAUCCCUAUCACAUCUGCCAGGAUCAACAUGUGGGCAGCAAAACUCCUUUUUGUUUUUCUAUUGAUCCUAUGUACAGAGGGCAAGAUGAGGAAACGCAACACCCUUCAUGAUUAUAGAAAGACUUCAGGCACCACUCUAACUAGAAUCAACAAGGCACUGGAGGUGAAAACUAAACUUUUAAACAACACUGAGAGCUGUGCCAAAAGAUGUAGUCGUAACAAAGGACUGUGCUUUACUUGCAAGGCGUUUACUUUUGAUAAAAAUACAAAGAGAUGCCACUGGUUCUCUUUCACAAGCUUGUCAACAGGAGUAAAGAAGAAAUUUGAUCAAGCAUUUGAUCUUUUUGAAAAGAAAGAUUAUGUAAUUGAAUGUAUUCAUGGAAAUGGCAGUAAUUACAAGGGAACAAGGAAUAUAACAAAGAGCGGCCUACCCUGCCAGUCAUGGAAUUUAAUGUUUCCACAUGAACAUAGCUAUUUGCCUUUGAGCUAUCGAGGUAAAGAUCUUAAGGAGAACAAUUGUCGGAAUCCCAAAGGAGAAGAAGGAGGACCCUGGUGUUUUACCAAAAAUCCAAAAGUCCGCCAGGAAGCGUGCAACAUACCAUUAUGCUCUCAAGUGGAAUGUGUGACCUGUAAUGGUGAACACUACAGAGGACCAAUGGAUUACACACAGACAGGAAAGCAAUGUCAGCGCUGGGAUUUGCAAAAGCCAAAUAAACACAAGUUUCGUCCAGAGCGAUAUCCUAACAAGGGGCUGAAUGAUAAUUACUGCCGCAACCCUGAUGGCAAGGCUAGACCAUGGUGUUAUACACUUGACCCUGACACCCCCUGGGAGUUCUGUGCAAUUAAACCCUGUGCACACAGCAUAAUCAACCACACUGAUAUUACAGUGGAUUGCAUAAAGAGCCAAGGGGAAGGCUAUCGUGGAACUGUGAGAACAACAUACAAAGGAAUCCAGUGUCAGCGGUGGGAUGCCCAAUUUCCACAUCAGCAUAAUUUUAAGCCAGAAAACUACAAAUGCAAAGAUCUGAGUGAAAAUUAUUGCCGAAAUCCUGAUGGUUCGGAAUCUCCGUGGUGCUUCACUACAGAUCCAAAUAUUCGAAUUGGUCAUUGCUCACAAAUUCCAAAAUGUGAAGCUUCCAAUCAUCAAGACUGUUACUAUGGCAAUGGCAUCACCUACAGGGGUACAAUAUCUACAACUCGAUUCAGACAACCAUGUGCCAUGUGGGAGAAAAAUAUUAUUGACUUACGAAGACAUACUUUAAAGGAACCAGAUGUAUCUAUACUUGAAAAAAACUACUGCCGAAAUCCUGAUAAUGAUGCUCAUGGACCUUGGUGCUAUACGGAAAAUCCAUCAGUACCCUGGGACUAUUGUCACAUUUCUCGAUGUGAUGGAGAUACAACCUCUACAAUGACAGCUAUAGACAACCCAGGUUCAUGUUCAUCAUCAAAGCAGGUUAGAGUUGUAAAUGCGAGUCCAGCAAUGGACACAAACGGAUGGAUGGUCAGUUUGAGAUACAGGAAUGUACAUAUAUGUGGAGGGACUCUUGUAAACGAUCAGUGGGUUCUAACAGCAAGUCAAUGUUUCCUCUCUGGAGAUGUUAACCUAAAGGAGCAUGAAGCAUGGCUGGGAGUCCACAAUAUCUAUAGCAGAACACAGAAACAUAAACAAGUUUUUAAUAUUUCACAGUUGGUUCAUGGACCAAAGGGAUCAAAUCUUGUUCUUCUAAAACUUUCCAUGUGCCCAGUUGUUAAUGAAUAUGUACAAAAAAUUAAAUUGCCAAAUUAUGGAUGCACAAUUCCAGAAAAAACAGUAUGCGCUGUGUAUGGAUGGGGACACACAGGAACAAACAAUUAUGACGGCCAGCUUCAUCAUGGGAAAAUGGUUAUUGUUGGAAAUAAAAAAUGCAAUGAAUCUCACAACGGGAGGAUUACCAUCAAUGAAUCUGAAAUUUGUGCCAUAAAUGAGACUGCUAACAUAGCACCCUGUGAGCGUGAUUAUGGUGGGCCCCUCGUCUGUGUGGAAGACAAGAAAGAUCUAGUACAAGGAGUAAUUAUACCGGGACGUGGUUGUGGCUCUCAAAACAAACCAAUUAUUUUUGUAAGAGUGGCUUACUAUGCAAAAUGGAUACACAAGAUUAUUUUAACUUAUAAAACUCCAUAGCUAUGAAGGGGAUAAAGGCUAAUUAUAUUAUAGUAAUUAUGGCUGCUUAAACUGUACUUGAUAAUCAAGUUUUGUCUAUCAUUGUUUAUAAUUAAUUUAUUGUCUUGUUUUCUUAUUGCUGACAUAAUGUUGGAUGAACGAUGAUUUGUAGAAAAUGUGGUGACAAAUUUCCUGAGUAUACUUGAACAACAUUUCUGUGGCCAAUAGGAAGUAAAUGUACUUACACCGAUGUUUAUGCUGCUCCAGUGGCUCAUAGUAUAUAACAAAGCAAAAUGUAACACAAUGCGCCAUUCGUAAAUUUCAUUCCUCAAACUUGUGCCCUAAAUGAUGUAGAAAAACAGCAGUUUACAAUUUGACAUAUAUUAAAUUAUUAAAGUUAAAUUACAUUCCAUUUUUUGGGAAAAAUGUAGUUCAAGCCAUCAAAUCUAGACCAAAUAAAAUAAACUAUUCCACACAACCGAUUGCAUCAAUUGGAAUAAUUAUAGCAUUCAAGCAACAUUACCCUAGAUAAAUACUGUAAUACUACCACCUCUAUGUUGAACCUAAGCAAAUAUUAGAUUAGAAAUAUACUGUUUAUGCAUACACAUGAUGACUUUGAGGUAAUACCACUGUACUUUCAGUGGUUUAAGAUAACGGAGCAAAUACAUUCUAUGCUGAAAUUUGCAUUUAGUGUGGUAAGAUAAUUUCUGUAAAAUGUAUUGGGCUGAUGCAGAGAAUUUUGGGAAUUAGAGCAUUUCCACCAAUCUGCAGAGAUGAAUAGAUUUUGGGAUGCAUUUGGCUCCACAUCACCAGUAUAUGCGCCUUGCCCAGAUAAUUUUUCGGGAGUGGAGAAAGAUGGUUGCCUCAGGAUUUAACGCCUGGGGAUAUUCAGUUACAGCCCUUCUUUCUCGCUCGAUAAAUGAUCUGUUAUUGGACGUUAACACAUACAGUACAGUAUAAUCCAGGAAAAGUUUCUGGACCUAUGUAUUAACCCACUGUUUGUACCCAAUAACAGGCUAAUUAUCGCGUAUAUCUUUUUGGGAUAUGAAAUACGCAUUAAGUACAGUGCUGCGGGGUAUCUUCAGGGCUACUUGGAUAGUCCUGGGGGAUCAGUUAUAACUAGUGGCGAAUUACCAUAGAGAAUUUAAUCCGUCCCUAAAUUACCAACAUUAGUUUGGACCUGGUCUGUAUCUAGUGGAAAAGAUAUGGCUUUUGACCUUAUUAACCUGCAUGAGUUGUAAAUUCAAGAACAUGCCUUUACUUGUUCUGCAGUUACAUGCCUCUACCCACAUCUGUCCUGUCUCCCAAGUUUGAAGAAGGUGCAAGUGUCAAAUAUGCACAACUAUUGUAGUGUAAAGUGGCAUUAAUGUAACUCUGCAUUAGGAAGUUUGUGUGAUGUCAAGUAGUAAGGCUUCAUAGUAUAGAAUACAUAUGAGCUUAAUUUUAGAACAACACCUCAAACAUUGUAAUAAACACCUAUUUUGCUCAGUACAUACUGUACUUACAAGCUCUCCAAGAAGAAGGUCAGGGAGAGUCCCAAAUUUAGGCUCUGCUGGAUUCCUGACAGAAUUGGCCAGUCUCCCAUGACUGAAGUGGGUGGCCCUGAAAUAGGUUGAUGCGAUUCACAUUGAAUUGUGUCGUCCUAGCCCAACUCCUGCUAUCAAAUGGUAGAUUUAAACAAUGGGAGGCGGAGCCAUGAUGAGUAUGUCUUUUUUUUUUUUAAACAUUGAAAUCAGAAGAAAUAUAUACAUACUGUAUGCAGAAGCAUCCAUUAUCUCCAAGCAUCUUAGCAUCACAUGCAAUCAAACCAGGUGUAUUAUCAGAGUUCUUAAUAAAGCUAAUGUAAAAAAAUACAUUAGGUUUACUGGCCUUAUAUAUAACUUAUUGCAAGUUGUGUAGCAAGGUGGUAUUAUCAGUAUCUUAUUAUAACAAUGCAGAAAUGGAAGCAAAUUUGUAGAGGUAUAGUUAUGCAAAUGUAACACUUUGCAUAUUUUAUAUUUAAACACUUUAUUAUUGAACAUGAAUGAAUAACAUUUGCAAAUACUUAGAAAAAUUUCAGUUGCACCCAUUAGAGAUUUGACUGCCUUGUGUAUGGCGGGUACCAGAGCAUGCAAGUGUGAAAAUAUGCAAAAUCCCUCAGUAUCAUCAAUUUUCACUCAAUCCUGCAUCAGCCCUUAAGUGUUUAAAGCAUCUUGUGUGCAAAAGAUACAUGUAAAGAGCAUGUAGGAAACAUUCUCAAGAUACAUUCAUAUCAAACACAGCAGUAUUUAAACAUUCAUGCAAAUGUUUGUACAUACACAUGAAGAUAACAUAGAGAUAUGGCUUGACGGGUUUGGUUCACGAUGUGAAAGUCAUAUUGCACUACACUAUUUGUACACAAUAUAAUGUAUUGCAGUUCCUAGAUAGUAUUUUUAAUAAAUGUGAAAGCUGCAUUUUCCACAUACAAAGCAAUCAAAUACAAAUACUCCAUACAUCUGUAUUUGACCACUUCAUAAAACCGCAAGAAUUGUCUUUCCUACAGUAGGCCAAAUGCCCAAUAAUCUGAUAGACAGUCACAGUUUAACAUAAUAUUGUCAACAUUCUAAUGAAUGGGGUCAAUUAGAAGUUGUUUUAUAGUGCUGCUAGUGUCAUCGUCCUCCCCUCAGCAUGUACUUUUACACGUGGAUUUCGGCAUCUCUAAAGAUGUGCCUCCCAAACACGUAUCUGGGAUUGCAUCCAAGUCUCAUGGGGUCACAUCUCCACUGGGGAUCAGUACGAAAUCCAGCUGGACGGGAUCCUGGCGGUCGGAAUACCAACACUGGAAUCCCGACCAGCACAAUCCCGACAGGGGGGCGAGCGCAACGCAACCCCUUGCGGGCUCGCUGCGCUCACCACACUGCGGGCACGGUGCCUCUCUACUCUCAGAACACUAACUUAUUCUCCCUCUAUGGGUGUCGUAGACACCCACGGAGGGAGAAUAUGUCGGGAUUGUGCCGGUCGGGAUUCCGGUGUCGGUAUUCCGACCGCCGGGAUUCCGGCCGGCGGGAUCUUGACUGCAUCCCCUCCACUGUGCUACACUUCUAUGUACAAGCCAGUUCUGUGCUCACCUAAUGCUUGUCCACCCCAGUUCCAUGUCUGGAAGUUAAUGUACACACAAAUCUAUUUAUACAUGCAAUAAGUGUAUAUAUUAUGCCACAAAAAUGGAUGUAUGUACAGCUCUAAAUUUGACCCAAUAAGAGUAACUCUUUCAAGAAAUGUCUUAAACAUUAGCAAUAUUAUAACUAAAAAGUUUAAACUAUUUGAGGAUUGUGUUUGGUACUUGGUGACAAAUUAAGUGUACAAUGAGGGUGAUUCAGAUCUGAUCGCUGCUGUCGUUUUCGCACAGCGGGAGAUCAGGUCCUAACUGCGCAUGCGUAUAAACCGCAAUGCGCAUGCGCAUCGGACAACAAUGAAGGGCAUCGCUGGUCAGCGACAGGAUGGUGCGAAAAAUCCAAUUGCACGGUCAUUCGCAAGGUGAUUGAUAGGAAGAGGCCGUUUGUGGGUGUCACCUGAGCAUUUAUUGGGGGUGUCCAGAAAAAACGCAGGAGUUCCCAAGCAUUUUCAGGGAGGGUGUGGGACGUCACCUGUAGCACGGUCAGCCUGUUCUCAUCGCACUGUAGGAGUAAGUCCUGGGCUGUGCACAGACUGCACAUGGUGCAUUUAUGCAGCUCGGCAUACACAUGCGAUUGCACACUUGCACUGUGAAUUUACACUCCCCCUGGGGGCGGCGACUAGCUGAACACAGGACAGCAAAGUUUGCAGCCCAGUGAACAGAUCUGAAUCUCCCCCAAUGUUUGUAUACAAAGACUUUAUGGAUCUCUUACCAAGAAACCUACCAUUCCCAUAUAUAAUUAUAUAAUAUAAUCAUAGGUAGAGCUGUAAUAAGGGCUCUGAGAACCCCGUCCUGGUCACUUCCCCUUUGUCAAUGACAUCAUGAUGUUACGUAUAGGGGGCGGGGCCCUGAUCAUAUAUAUUGGAACAUUCAAUAAGAAUUGAGACUAGCUGAUUGUAUGAUAAAUGCAAAAAGGAUGCUUUGUAUUAGUUUAUUCACUAACACCAUUGUGCCAGGGACAAUCUUUAUUUACAAACUACUGUAGCACUAUAGAACUGUGCGCUAAAUCUUUUUCCUCUCAAUUAUGUUCAUUACAGGGAACAAGUAAAUUAUGAAAUAAGAUUCAAGAAACUGUUGGCAGAUCCAUAUUAAUAUAGAUACAGGAAUGACCAAUAUUAACUUAAUAUUCCUAGAAGCUUCUGUAUUAUAUAGCUUUAUAUGCUCAUACCAUUGUAUAUAUACGUAGAUUGCUGUGUAAUUUACCAGAUUACGAUUCCUAUAAUGGAAUACAUAAAACUGCCCAUUAUAGAAUAAUUAUAUGAAUUUUAAUUGAACUGUAAUUUAAAGAUUUAAUCAUUUUAUUUUAUUGUUUGUUAUGCGCUGAAACUAAAACAGAGGUAAAAUACACUUACAGUAUUUGCAACUAAUGAUCGAUGUUAGACAAUCACCUUUUUGAAAACUCUUUUGAUACAGAAACAUGUUUCAUUUGAAAAAACACUGUGAUCCCAUUGGUGUUCUACUAAGACAGUACUCUCUGUUACGGGUGUGGUAUUGAAGGUAGACCACACUUAGGUCGACAGUGUCUAAGUCGACCACUAUUGGUCGACAGUAACUAGGUCGACAGGAAUUCUAGGUUGACAUAGUCUAGGUCAACAGGUCAAAAUCCCGACAUUAGUUUUUUCAAAUAUUUUUUGGUGUCAUUUUCACCGUACAGUGAUCGGGAACCCCAAUUAGUGCACCAGGUCCCCUCACAUGGCCAAUCGUAGUCCACGUGAAUCGUAAAGUAUGAAAAAGUAAAAAAAAAAAAAAUGUGAAAAACUCAUGUCGACCUUUUGAUCAGUCGACCUAGAACAUGUCGACCUAGAGAACCUGUCGACCUAGAAUCCCUGUUGAGCUAGUUACUGUCGACCAAUAGUGGUUGACCUGGACACUGUGGACCUAAGUCUUGUUGACCUAGAGACCGGAUACCCUCUGUUACAGGUGCUCAGUCAUAUUAUUUGUUCAAUACAGUAGUUCAGUUCACUUCAGAUCACCUAUAUGGCGCAUACAGUGAUUAUUACAAUCAGUUCUUUCUUAAUUAUACACACGCCACUUAAAAUAUGGAAUCAGCUUCUCUGCUUAUUCUAUCUGUGAUUCUCCAUACUCCCCUUCCACCUGCCAUCUGCCUGUCUUGUUCACAGCAACUUAAACCGCUGGAAAGCAGUGGCGACCUCAUACUCAAGAUAACCAAAUGCUCCUAGGAAUGACUGUUGAUGUAGACCAUGCUUCAAGUUGUUCUUGUCUAUAUUUAAGAAGUUCCAUGUAAAUAAACUUAAUUUAAUACUUCACAGGUUAAGACAAAAUAAAACUUUAGGCCAAUGGUUCUCAAACUGUAUGCCAUGGCAUCCAUGUGUGACUCAGGGCACUUGCAGGGUGCCUUGGACUGGCGGUCCAGCACCAAUUCAAAUUAUUUACGUUAAACAGAAUAGGAAAAACCAGUGCUGGUAUUUAUUUCUAUAAUUCUCAAUAAGAAACAUUUGGCCUAGGGGUGCUGUGAACAAAAAUCUGAUACUCUAGGGCGCCGUGUUUCAAAAAAUGUUGGGAUCCAUAGCAUUCUUUACUAAAAAAAAUAUCUUGUUACAUAAUAUACAGAGUAUAGUAAUUUAAUAUACAAUUAUAUAUAUUUUAAACUGUUAAAAUGUAUUACUUACAGUAUAACACACACAGCAGCAGAUGUAAACUACAAUAUUCCCAAAUUACUUACAUCUUAUGCAGCAUAUUUUCAGUCUAUUUUAUAUUAAAGCUACAUUUAUUUCAAUAGUUAAUAUUAAGCAGUAUUAUAUGUAUAUAGUCAAAUAAAAUGGUUAAAUAUUUAAUCUGACUUCUCCUGCUGUGCAAGAGACAGUCAAUUAUCGGUUGGUACUAUGUCUUUAUGUGUAGUAAAAUACAUUCUGUUUAAAAGUGUACAUACUUGUUCCAGAAAAAAAGUAUUAUGAAGUGAAAUAUUCAGCUGUAAUAGAAAAAUUAUCACCAUCACAUAUUUUUUGUGUGUAAACACAAUACUAACAGCUGUGCUAUAUAAAGUUGAAAGCACUCUCCAUAGAGUAUACUGAAAGCUUUGUGGCCUUUUUCAGUAAUGUAUUAGAAUAUUUUAGAUGAUAUACAGAGUUUCAUAUUUGUGGAAGUCCAGUCCUCAUGUGCAGUAUAUACAUGACGCCUGUUUAAAUAGUUUGCCUAGAAAACCUGUUGCAAAGGGGAUGUAGUUAUGUGACUGUAGGUCAGGAAACUGGCGAUCACAAUACCUCCCCCUAAAUCCCGCCCCCUUAGACUCCUGACUCCUGACAUUCGGCAUGCCAAAUAGCAGGGAUUAUUCCCACUUGUGGGUGUCCACGACACCCAUAGAGUGGGAAUAGAACCUGUGUCGAGUGCUACUCUCCACUGAGCCUGCAGCAUGGCAAGCCGCAGGUCACGCAUACCCAACCCUUGCAAAGUAGUUGCCGGUCACGUAUACCCACCCUUGCAAAGUAGUUGCCGGCCAUGCAUGCCCCACCCUUGCAAAGUAGUCGCCGCCCGCGCAUACUCCACCCUUGCAAAGUACUUGGAGUUGCUCCCUUACAAUAACAUUACCCAUUUUGUGUACUCUUUCUUGUUCCUAACAAAGAAAAAUAUAUCAUACAGAAAGUGACAUAACAGGA